UGCUUAGUAGGCCUCUCCCUCCCCAUCAUCCCAGGAGGACCCCCUGUGUCCACCUCCUAAAACUCCUGGGAAGAGGGGCUGGAACAGCAGGAGGGGUCAGCAGGGGUUGGCAGUGCUGGGGCGGGGCCUCUGGUAGGACAGGAGGCUGCAGCCCUGGGAGUCUCCGUUCAGGUCAUUGCAGGGGCAACCACGGAGUGUGGGGACCUCAGGAAGAAGGACAGGCCAUGAUGGGGUUCCCUGUGCCAGCUGUGUUCAAAUAAAGAGGCCUUCACAUUUGUGCCGUAAUAAAACUGCAGAGGAAGAAAGGAGGGGCAGGAGGUGCCGGUUGCCUGGGACUUGGGGCCGUUACGGCAGGUGGCAGCGGGCCCUGGCACCCCUGGUGCCGGGGCAGUUCUGCCAGAGCCCUGCCCUCUUCACCUGGGCCCUGGGCAGAACACAGGCCCCACUUCUGGUGACCCUUAAUGAAGCCAGGCCUGAGGACCCUGAGCCCUGCCACAGCAGAGCCACUUGGGAUUGGCUGGCAGGCUUCUGUGAUGUCACAGUCACUGAGGAUGCGCACUCUGGGCUGGGCGGCGACCAGGGGCCAGUAGUGCGUCUACUGCCCAACUGACCAGGUGUUGGUAGCGUAGGCAGGAGGCACAUUUGACGGAAUCCAAUGGAUUCAAGACGGAGAUUGGAUAUGAACGCCCUGAGGUCCCGGAGGGCCCAGGAGCGAGCAGCGAUCAUAUUGAAAUAUGAGCAGGGACGCCGAGGAGCGGCACUGUUGGAGCCUGAAGAAGAGGACGAUGAGGGCGGCUGCCUCGUCCCAGACAGGCUUGGGUUCCUGCAUGAGCAGAAGUUGCCCCAAGACAGCACCCCGGGGGCAAAGCGCAAACAGGUGCGCAGGACCCAGAAGUGGGUGAAAAUGAUAAAGAAUCAUAGCAAAUACCAUGGCAGUGAAAAGUUUCAGCGGAGAAUCUACAAGGGCAUCCCUGCCCAGGUGCGUGGAAAGGUGUGGGCUGUGAUGCUGGAGGUGGAUAAGAGGAAGGCCCAGAAUCCAGGCAAAUACGCGGUACGGCUCUGCAGUCAGCCCAAGGGGGCCCGAGCUGCUCUGGCCUGCUCAGGAGGCUGGCCCCUCCCCCUUGUCCCUGCCCUGCAAGAGAUGAAAGAGCAGGCUAGGCUGGGCGCCACUCACUUCCAUCACAUCGACUCCGCCAUCACAUGGACUUUCAGAAACCACCUGAUGUUCCGGGAACGUUACAGAAUGAACCAACAGGCCUUAUUCCACAUACUGAUGGCAUAUUCCAUCUACAAUCCCGAGGUGGGCUACAGCCAGGGCCUGAGCCAUGUGGUGGCGCUCCUGCUCAUGUAUAUGCCCGAGGAGGACUCUUUCUGGGCCCUGGUCCAGCUCAUGGAAAACUCCAAGCACGCGAUGCACGGUUUCUACAAACCCAACGCCCCAAAACUGGAGCGAUUCCAGCAACACCUGGGAGAGAUCGUGCAUCGUGUGCUCCCCUCCCUGGAGAAACACCUGGAGGAGGAGGGUGUGUGCCUGGAGGACUCCACCGCCCACUGGUACAUCCAGUGCUUCCUGGAGGGGGUAAGUGCCCUGGGGACCCCUUGCCCAGGGAAGCUCCUGCCCCAGUGCCUGGCUCUCCUGUCCUGGUGGCCUGUGACUGAGCUCCCCCAGCCCCAGCAGACACAGGAGGGAGCCUGCUGUGCAGACCAGCAGGCCUUGUCCUGCGUGCCGUUCCCCCUGGCUCUGAGGAUAUGGGAUAUUUACAUCCUUGAGGGCGAGCAUGUGCUCACAACCAUGGCUUACACGGCCCUCAAGAUCCAUCAGAAGCGCCUCCUGAAGAUGCCCCGGGACCACCUCCGGGAGUUCCUGCAGGUGACCCUGAAGCAGGCCUGGUCACUGAGCGAGGAUGCGGUCAUCAGGCAGCUGCGGGCCUCCAUGCAUGAGCUGGGGAAGCUCCAGUGCCUCCUGCCUCCCGAAGCCAAGGCCAUCGAACGGUGCAGCAGGCCCCUGGGGCAGGCACGUGUCCCCCAGAAGCAUGUUCCUGUCCCCACUGGCAUGAAGGCCAAGAUCGCCAUUCAGGACACAGUGGCAGUGUGGGAGCAGACCAGGGGUCCCGCUGCCCGUGCAGUGCUGAUCCAUCCUGCAGAAAGCUUUGGCCUCCGCAUCGCCGUGAGGGAAGGCAUGGAGGAGGAGGAGGAGGAGAGCUGCGAAGGCAGCCCAGAGCCCCUCGGCCUGGGCUCCCCUGUGGGGACCGCAGAGUCUCCAGCUGCGGCCAGCCCCACAGAGUCUCCAGAGUACUCGAGGAGGUGGGGAGGCCUGUGCCAGUGCGCCAGUCUCCCUAACCUGAGCAGGCCAGAGCACAGGGAGGACAACUCCUCCGACGCUGGCAGCCGGGAGGGCCUGUGGAUGUGGGCUCCUCCACGGGCCUCGGAGCCCCCGGAACCAGGGCCCAUGCAGGCCGCCCCAGCCUGGGGGCCACGGCUGAAGACUCCCCUCUACCGGCAUGGCAGCCCCACGCACUCUGGGGACAGUUAUGGGCUGGAGCCGGCCAGAGCCAGCCCUGGGCUGGGAGACCAGGCCCGAGUGCCCUCCCUGGCCCGAGGCCUCCUGGCCUCCUAUUCCACGGGGCACCUAGAUGAUGGGUGCCUCCUAGAAGAGUGGCCGAGCACACCAUUUGUCCUGCCCAGGCUGGGCAACAGCCUUCCAUGUGUCUACACGGCACCCUAUACACUUGAUUGAGCCCCCCACCCCCCGGCUCUUCCUUGGGCCAGGACACCCUGUCACUGGAAACGAUAGCAGAGCCAGGAGCCACUGUACUAUCCCCCCACCCCCGCCACCCUCAGGUGGUGCUGACCCUGUAUUAAACCAUAUCAUUGAAACGAGUUUGCUC